AUGAGAACUCGUGCCUUUUUGACAAGGAAAGCUAUUGAAUAUAGAAACAAAGGCAUCCCUCUUGUAUCAAAUUACGAGCCUUCUCCUUCUGACCAACAUCUCAAUUCAAUGGUAUUUUCGGGUACUGAUAACGGGCUGGCUGUAAUGACAGAAACUAUUGGCAUGAAUCUGAACAAAUACAAAUAUCACUUGUCACUGCAUAAUAGAUUCUCUCUUCUCACCCAUCUCAAUGCUGAUGAAGGCAAUUUGUCUGAUAGUACUGGUACUGCUGCUGGUAACGAUGGCAAUGGCGUUGAUCAAGUUAUUACGAACGAUGCUAUUGACAAGGAUGAAAUUCGUGAUGGCAGUGUUAAAUGCGAUGGAAAUCUCAAUGGUGAUGAUGACGACGCCGGCGCUACUGCCAAUGAUCGUGGUCAGACAACAACAUUUGAGCCUCUGCCAGAGUCAUACAAGAUGCGUGCUGAAGAUGUCGACUUUGGUUCUGGCCAAUUUAUGAGGCGAAAGAUCACUUUGAAAGACAAGAAAACAACAGAAGAAGGAAAGAAGGUUCAAGAGAUUGAGCAGCAAUUGCCGAGAUCCAGUGUGUUCAGAGUUAAAGAGGUAGAGGAUGUCGUGUCAAAUCUUGGUGCACACAGAAGCAAUGGCCAAGCAUUGCGAGCGUUCUAA